AUGGAUUACACGCUGGAGCCCAAUGUGACGGACUACUACUCUGACGGCUUCGCCAUGCCCUGUGACACGGAGCUCAUCCUCAGGGGCAGCAGGUUGCCACUUGCCCUCUUCUACUGCAUCUUGUUUGUACUGGGCCUUCUGGGAAACAGCCUGGUCAUCCUGGUCCUUGUGGCCUGCAAGAAGCUGAGGAGUAUCACGGACAUCUACCUCCUGAACCUGGCCAUUUCAGACCUGCUCUUUGUCUUCUCGUUCCCGUUCCAGACUCACUACCUGCUGGACCAGUGGGUGUUUGGGACUGUCAUGUGUAAAGUGGUCUCCGGCUUUUACUAUAUGGGCUUUUUCAGCAGCAUGUUCUUCAUCACCCUCAUGAGCGUGGACAGGUACCUGGCUAUUGUCCACGCUGUCUAUGCCCUCAAAGUGAGGACGGCCCGAGUGGGCAUGGCCCUGAGCCUGGUGGUGUGGCUGACGGCCGUCUUGGCCACCAUUCCGCUGCUGGUGUUUUAUCAAGUGGCUGCUGAGGAUGGUAUUCUACAGUGCUUCCCGUUUUACGACAACCAGUCUUUGAAGUGGAAGCUGUCUGCUCACUUUGAAGUGAACACCUUGGGCCUGCUGCUCCCCUUCACCAUCCUUCUCUUCUGCUACAUCAGGAUCCUGCAGCAGCUGCGGGGCUGCCAGAACCACAACCGGACCAGGGCCGUCAAGCUGGUGCUCACUGUAGUCAUCGCGUCUUUGCUCUUCUGGGUCCCCUUCAACGUAGUCCUCUUCCUCACGUCCCUGCACGACAUGCAUGUCUUGGAUGGAUGUGCCAUGAGCCAGAAUCUGGCUCUGGCUACCCAUGUCACGGAGGUCAUCUCUUUCACACACUGCUGUGUGAACCCUGUCAUCUAUGCUUUCAUAGGAGAGAAGUUCAAGAAAUACCUCGUGAACGUGUUUCCAAAAGGUUGCAGCCACCUCUUCCUCUACCUAGGGAAACAGAUGUCGGUGGGGGCGUGGGAUACGCGCUCUUCCAUAGGGAGACAGAUGCCUGCGGGGGCGUGGGAUACACGCUCUUCUCACUCCUCCACCCUGGACUACAUUUUGUAG